AGCUCAUACUGUCAAAACAACAUCCAGACGAUAGAUGAAAUCCAGGAGAGACACGUUGGAGGUGAGUGUUGGGCAGUUGCUCAGAGAGCAGUCGAACUAACUCGGACUUCAGCUAUAAGUUGUUGCCCGAGAUUUCGUCAUCCCUUCCCAGUCGCACCUGGCGCAGAGUGAUGACCUCACAGCAGCAUGCAAAUGCCAACCCUCCCCUGCUCAUUCCACAGAACUCUUCUGCCAACCAGGGGAGGCAGCACACGCAGUCCGGUCCGCUGGACACCUCUCCCAGCAGCUCGGGUGCCUCCACUCCUCAGAGAGGUGUAAUGGGUGCUGUGUCAUCUGCAGCACCAAAUAGUUCUACAGCGUUGUCUUUGAACAGAUCCGCCUCUGGUUCUUGUGCUAAUUCAGCUUCAUCACGGAGGCCCACGUCUGGCAGAUUCGAACCGUGGCCCGAGGAGGCGGUAGAUAACGCUUACGGAUUAUACUCCUUGCAUCGCAUGUUUGACAUCGUGGGAGCCCAGCUGACGCACCGCGACGUUCGAGUCCUUUCCUUCCUGUUUGUGGAUGUCAUUGACGAGUAUGAACGCGGAGGUAUCCGGAGCGGACGGGAUUUCCUUUUGGCGCUUGAGCGGCAGGGGCGCUGCGACGAAACCAACUUCAGACACGUCCUCCAACUCCUGCGCAUCAUCACCCGUCAUGACCUGCUGCCCUAUGUCACACUCAGGAAGAGACAGACUGUUUGCCCAGAUCCAGUGGAUAAAUAUCUGGAGGAGACGUCUGUGCGCUAUGUUUCUCCCAGAGGAAACGGAGAGAGCCGACAAGGCACAGUUCACAGAAGAACAGGUCCUCAACCCCUGAUUUGCUGCUCUCCAUCAGGAGCCCAGGUAUGCCCCCCACGUGCCAAGCCUUCCCCUCCUGUGCCGAGCAGGAAAAGGAAGAGAGCCCACACCACAGCUGAAUGUAGAGAGAAGCAAACCUGUGACAUUCGCCUGCGUGUGCGUGCUGAGUACUGCCAACACGAAUCAGCGCUGCAAGGCAAUGUCUUCUCUAAUAAGCAGGAGGUGCUGGAAAGACAGUUUGAACGCUUCAACCAGGCCAACACCAUCCUCAAGUCCCGCGACCUAGGCUCCAUCAUCUGUGACAUCAAGUUCUCUGAGCUUACUUACCUGGAUGCCUUCUGGAGAGACUACAUCAAUGGCUCCCUGUUGGAAGCACUGAAGGGUGUCUUCAUCACAGACUCGCUAAAGCAGGCCGUGGGACAUGAGGCCAUCAAACUGUUGGUCAAUGUGGAUGAAGAGGACUACCAGGCGGGCCGACGCAAACUGCUGCGGAACCUGGUUGCAGGAGGAGCUACGACAACAGGCAGCACCAGAGAGACUGCGUCCUAGUGGGGCACAAACUGACGCGAGCGAUGGUGAGCAGAAGUAGACCCGGCAAAGAGUGUUUCAACUUGGCGGAAGGGUUAGUGUACAGUGACUACCCAGAGAGGUUUUUGUAUGCAGAGCAGUGCCACGGAGACUGUUAAAUGGAUGAUUUUCAGUGAGAUGAGAAGUAGUACGCUACAAUCGCCAUUGCUCCCUGAACAUGGAUGUAGAGAAAGGGAAACAGUAAUGGGAAGAUUAAAUUUCUGUCAUUCUCCCUCUCCUCUGCUCUCUCACUCUCUUUUUGUCUUUUCGUUUUAAA